AUGAGGCUGGGGGCCAUGCGGCGGGGGGCGGGCACGGCGGGCGGCGGCGGAGCAUGGCCGGGGGCGCCGCGGGGGGAUGCCCUGGGCCCCGACCCCGGGGCGUCUGGGCGGGGGGGGCGGGGGGCGGGCUCAGCCGGCCUGCGGCCCCUCUCCGUGCAGCCCCCGGCCCGCGCCCCCGGCCCAAGGGGCGUUGGGUCGCCGGAGGCCGCGAGUCCGGCGCUCGACUUAGCCCCAGACGCCUCCCCAGAAGUCUUCGCUAUGCGGGUGCGGCUGGAGGAGACCGGGGAGAUGUUCCAAGUGACAAACUGCCGCAGCGACAUGACGGUGCGGGAGCUCAAGGAGGAGCUGGACCUCACAGUCGGCAUCCCCUUGGACCUGCAGCGGCUCCAGUACCUGGACCAAGGAGUUUUGAUGGAUGAUACUACGUUGAAGUUCCAUGAUGUUGUUCCUGGUGGAAUUAUUUCAUUAUGCAUCUGGCAUUAUGAUGGAUGGACGGAACUGGUUUUGGCGGCUGUGGAAGGGGAUCCCAGUAAGCUCUCCUGCCUCGGUGUUGAUGAAGACUCUCUCUACCAAACUGCAAAUUCGCAGCAUUUGGAACACAAGCAGUGGAAGGCCUGGAUCGCUCAGAGAGCAUUCGUGGCCUUGUACAUUACCUCUCACAGAGGCCACUCGGAUGCUGUGCAGUACCUUCUAGAACAUGGAGCCGACAGUCUCAGCAGAACCCCCAUGGGCAGGACAGCCCUGCACGUGGCCGCAGCCAUGGGCCGUCUGGAUUGUAUAAGCCACCUGCUCAAGUACGGAGCCUCCAUCAACGAAAGAGAUGACAGGGGGGAGAGCCCCAUGUCCAUCGCCCGGCGCCUGAACCGCAGGCACAGUGAACGGAGGAUGUUCCUCUUUUACUGGAUGGCAAAGUCGGGGACAAAGGACCCAAAGAACUUGAUCACGAACAAGGUUUUUCGCAGGGCGAAGUCCAGGUUUGGCUCCAAGAAGAGCCAAGUUUGACUCGCCCUGGGAACAUUUGCACCUCGAAGCUGACUUGGGUCACUUUUCAGAGUUCAAAUUCGCAGUGGCCCUCGGGGAGCAGGAAGCCAAGGAAGCAUGGCAAUUAAUCUGAAUCAGAUACUCAA